AUGGGGCGACGGCACCCCGACAUGAAGAAGCGAGUGGAGAACUGCUACAUCCUCACGUGCAACGUGUCGCUGGAGUACGAGAAGAGGUAUGCCAUUGCCUCCCACCCCAGGGCUGGGUGCACAGGGGCUGGGUGCACAUGGGCUGGUGCACAGGGGCUGGGUGCACUGGGGCUGGGUGCACAGGGGCUGGGUGCACAUGGGCUGGGUGCACAGGGGCUGGGUUGCACUGGGGCUGGGUGCACAGGGGCUGGGUGCACAUGGGCUGGGUGCACAGGGGCUGGGUGCACAUGGGCUGGGUGCACAUGGGCUGGGUGCACCAUGCACAUCUGUCUCCACACGCGCUCCGCCCGCUCCCACAUGUGCUCCCUCCCAGCGAGCGAGGUGAAGUCGGGGUUCUUCCAUCAUGAUGCGGAGCAGCGCCACAGGAUGGUGGUGCCGGGGAGGGUAGCUCACAUUGGGCACAUCGAGGUGAACUCGGGGUUCUUCCACCACGAUGCGGAGCAGCGUGAGAAGAUGGAGGUGAACUCGGGGUUCUUCUACCAUGAUGCGGAGCAGCGCGAGAAGAUGGUGGUGGCGGAGAGGAAGUUCGUGGACGAGCGCGUGAGGAAGAUCAUCGCGCUCAAACGCAAGUAUGAGGAGAUGGUGGUGGGGGAGAGGAGGUUUAUGGAGCGCGUGCGGAAGAUCAUCGAGCUCAAGCGCAAGGUGGGUGGCUCAUGGGGUGAAUGCGUGAUUCUUUUUCUGAAGAGGAAGGUGGGUGGGGAAGAGGAGGAGAGUGAAGGAGCACCACAUGCAGGCUGCCUUGCCUCGAUCUUGUGUCACCCCAGGAGAGGCUCCGAUGCCCUGCCUCCUGUGUGCGGCGAGGGCGAGGGCGAGAAGGGCUUCGUGGUGGUGAACCAAAAGGGCAUCGACCCCAUCUCCCUCGACAUGCUCGCCCGAGAAGGGAUUGUAGCCCUGCGCCGAGCCAAGAAGCGCAACAUGGAGCGCCUGGUGCUGGCAUGUGGGGGCGAGGCGGUGAACAGUGUGGAGGAGCUGCAGGAGAGCGACCUGGGGUGGGCGGGGGUGGUGUAUGAGCACGUGCUGGGCGAGGAGAAGUACACCUUCGUUGAGCAAGUCAAGCACCCGCACUCGUGCACCAUUCUCAUCAAAGGGCCCAACGACCACACGAUAGCGCAGAUCAAGGAUGCGGUCAGGGACGGGCUCAGGUCCGUCAAGAACACCAUUGAGGAUGGCGCCGUCGUGCUGGUGGGUGUUGGGGGGUGCCGCUGGGUGCUGGUGUUUGCUGGUGGUCGCUGGGGGUGCUGGAGGGCGCUGGCGGGUGCUGGAGGCUUCUGGGUGCCGCUGGGCCCUGGAAGGUGCUGGAGGGUGCUGGAGGGUGCUGGAGGGUGCUGGAGGGUGCUGCCAUGGGCCGCGCUUCUUCAUGCGUCGUGCCUCGUGCUGCUCGUGGUGGGAUCAUGGUGGGAUCGUGGUGGGAUCGUGGUGGGAUCGUGCCUCGUGCUGCUCGUGGGCGGAGGGGCGUUUGAGCUGGCAGCGCGGAGGCACUUGUUGGAGACCGUCAAGCCCGCCGUGCAGGGGAGGGCGCAGCUGGGAGUGGAGGCAUUCGCAGAGGCGCUGAUGGUGGUGCCCAAGGUGCUGGCGGAGAACUCCGGGCUGGACACACAGGACGUCAUCAUUCAGCUGCAGUCGGAGCAUGCCAAGGGCAACGUGGUGGGGCUGAAUGUCACCACGGGGGAGCCCAUGGACCCGCAUGUCGAAGGCGUGUUCGACAACUACAGCGUCAAGCAGCAACUCAUCAACUCUGCGUAUGGCUUCCCGCCUCACAUCCGUCAUAAUAAUAUCACAUAUCACGCCUUCGCAUUGUGGCAUGUUCUGCAUUGUUCUGUGAUGUGA